GUAGCGGCAGUGUGGAAGUUUUUGCGCGUCGCUGCUGGAGGAUGUCUGUGUGUCGGAGAGCUGUGAGGAUUUAACCUGCUGACGGGGAUUUCGGCUUUUCCGUUACAUUUGUCUUCUUGUUGUGGGAAAACUUUUCCAAGAUGCCGCGCUCGUUUCUCGUCAAAAAGCAUUUCAACUCCGCCAAGAAGCCGAAUUACAGCGAACUGGACUGUCCAACAGCGUUCGUGUCUCAGCAUCUCUUCAAAAGCCUGGUGAUGCCCGUGAUCCCGCAGCCAGAGGUGCUGAGCCCGGUGAUGUACAGCCCCAUCACCAUGUGGACGGUGAGCGACUCACCGCCGUCGCCGCUUCCCACCGACCUCUCGCCUGUGUCUGGAUACCCGUCGCCCAAAGACAGCCACGAGAUCCCGAGGAGCGACGAGGACGAUCACGAACAUGAGCACGAGCAGCCGGCCUCCAUCACCACCACCACCACCAACGGCUCGGACGUUGCGGAGAAGUUCCGCUGCGCUCUGUGUCACAAGUCGUACUCAACCUACGCUGGCCUGCUUAAGCACAAGCAGCUGCACUGUGACGCUCACACACGCAAGGCCUUCAGCUGCAAGUACUGCGAGAAGGAGUACGUUAGCCUCGGUGCGCUCAAAAUGCACAUACGGACACACACGCUGCCGUGCGUCUGCAAGCUGUGCGGCAAGGCUUUCUCACGCCCGUGGCUGCUCCAGGGACACAUCCGCACACACACAGGCGAGAAGCCGUUCUCGUGUUCCCACUGCAGCCGCGCGUUCGCCGACCGAUCCAACCUCAGGGCUCAUCUGCAGACGCACUCGGACGUCAAGAAGUACCAGUGCAAGAACUGCUCCAAAACCUUCUCCAGAAUGUCUCUCCUGCACAAGCACGAGGAGUCGGGAUGCUGCGUCGCCCACUGACCCCCGUCCCGACAGCCUUCCCACCCCUCCCCCUCCCUUCCCCCACCAACUCCACCCAAAACAACCCAAACCAAACUGCUCUGGAAAUUCACGGUGCCUUUAAAAUUUGCAAUAUCGCUCAAUUUCCACGCACAGUAUUCCUAAUUCCGGGGGCGGUGUAACCGAGUGUUUUUUUUUUUUUUUUUUUUUUAAAAUCAUGUGCUCCAUCAAGUGCUUCCUAUUUGUAAACAGUAUUCUGACUGUCUAGUUUUAAUUUUUUUUCCCUCCAUGGUGGCCUUUUUUUUUUUUUUUUUUAAUCCUUGUGUACUGUAAGGAAAUGUUUACUUCUCCGCUCAAUCACCACAGGAGGCCAGAGCGAUAACCUCAAGCUGAAUGUUAUCCGUUACGGGAUAUUUCACGGUUAGCUCAACAAAUAUAGCCAUAUGACCAAAAAAAAGACUCGGACCAAAAAGCCAUCGCUGUAUAGGGAACAAAUGCAAAGUAUUUAAAAGCGAAGCGGAUGAUCAAUGAUCACGCCGUGACAAUCGGACUCGCAGCAGAGCCUUUCGCUGAGCUUUCUAAUCGAUUAUUUUUUAUACAUAUUUGAAUGUACGUGUGACUGAAAAGAUUGUAUAUUGUUCUUAUGUAUGCAUUUAAUUGGAA